CGUUCAACGUGAUUUGCAGUUUUAAAAAUGCUUCUGAUCAUUAUGAAAUAAAAUAACAUUAUCAUCAUUAUGAACUUAGCUGUUGCAACCCGAAGCAAUUGACUGGCAAGCAGAGGGAAGUAUACUAUUAAGCUGUCUCAGGAUUCAGUGAGUACAGCGAAGGAUCAUAAAUUUAAAUGUGGCAAUAUUCGCGUCCAACCCACUUCAUUGUUAUCUAUUUUGAUGUUUUUUCCCCCUUUGAUGGCGUCAAAUUAAGUCUUGCUCAUCGAGGUUCCAAGAUUUUUAUUUUUUUUUUUGGUAGAUUGAAGUGGGAAGUCUUAAGCUUUUUUCUGCUGUUUGAACAAUUUUCACCCCAACUGAUUUCAAAUGCAAAAAUGGAACAAGAAGAUGCUGGUGAUAAAAAUUUAUGUUAACACGAAUUAUUUUGCAUAUUUAAUGAUACGUUCUGAAACCAUGUCUGGCCUGAAUGUGGUAUAAAGUGUUUCAUUUUUCUUCACGUAAGAGUAACCUAAAAUGUCGAUUUCAAAGUAAACUGAAAACAAAAGUAACGAAAAACGUGACCGGACGUCUUUCCACUUGCCUUUUGUUGUUUCUUUGAAUUUCUGCUCUUUGUUCCGCCCCAAAACAACACCUGCAGGCAGCACCAUAGCAACAGUAAUGAAUAUUGACAUUCUGUCCUCACUUGGCCGCCAUUUUGGAAAUUUUGGGGCGUCCCUUCGAUGAUCCUUUGUUCUCGUUAAAUUUUCAGCGAGGAAACUGUACAUUGACGCUCUGAGUUCAGGCAGGAAGCACUUAAGUGAAGGAAGGUGAGUUUUUACCACCGAGUGAGAGCUGUGUGACUUUCCUCUGAUGAAUUUUACAUGAAGGUUUUUAUGCUAAUUGAGCAAAUCCAGUGGUGUCAAUCAUUCGCGUUCUUCUCACGCACCGAAAGAUAUUGACACGUCUGUGCUUCAAAUUCAAAAGAUUUGUUGAGUGGCAGAUUGGAAACACGACCGCCAACCGAGCGUAACACUCUGUGAAAUAUAACAGCUAUCAUAUAGUGUUGUUGCUUUGAAACUGCGAGGUCGAAAAGUGGCCGAGCAGGGCUUUAUUUUGACCGUCGGUUAAGUAUAGAGUUGAGCAUUCCUAUUUCGUCACUCUAGCGCGGACAUCUUGGAUUUUGUAGGUUUAUUCGUCGAGAGCUAGAUCUUUACUGCGUGAUGGAAGGAAAUGUGAUGAAUUCUGUCCAAGUUCCCAUGUUAUCGGGUCAGCAAGCUGCACUGGAGCAGAUGAAACCUCCUGAAGAAGGCCCGGACGGUCGUAAGCAGGACAUAGGUGAUAUUUUGCAGCAAAUUAUGAACAUCACAGAUCAGUCUCUAGACGAAGCGCAAGCGAGGAAACAUGCUCUGAACUGCCAUCGAAUGAAGCCCGCCCUUUUCAACGUCCUCUGUGAGAUCAAGGAAAAAACAGUGUUGAGUAUCCGGGGAUCUCAAGAAGAUGAACCUCCUGAUCCUCAGCUGAUGAGACUUGAUAACAUGCUCCUUGCAGAGGGUGUGGCAGGGCCCGAGAAGGGAGGUGGGUCAGCUGCAGCAGCAGCGGCAGCAGCAGGGGUUCAUGAAAAUCAAGCUGAACAUACAGAGUACAGAGCCAAGUUAAACCAGAUCAGACAGAUAUAUCAUACGGAACUGGAAAAAUAUGAGCAGGCUUGCAAUGAAUUUACCACCCAUGUUAUGAAUCUCUUGAGAGAACAGUCAAGAACGCGUCCCAUUUCACCCAAAGAAAUAGAACGUAUGGUGAACAUCAUUCAUCGUAAGUUUAGUGCAAUUCAGAUGCAGCUGAAGCAGAGUACUUGUGAGGCUGUGAUGAUUUUGAGGUCAAGAUUCCUGGAUGCAAGGAGAAAAAGGAGAAACUUCAGCAAGCAGGCCACAGAAAUUUUGAAUGAAUACUUUUAUUCUCACUUGAGUAAUCCAUAUCCAAGUGAGGAAGCAAAGGAAGAACUAGCCAGAAAGUGUGGCAUCAGUGUUGCUCAGAUAUCAAACUGGUUUGGCAAUAAAAGAAUUAGGUAUAAGAAAAACAUUGGAAAAGCUCAAGAAGAGGCUAACAUGUAUGCUGCUAAAGCUGCCUCUGGUGGUGGUCCAGCAGGUCAAGUCCAAGGACAACCUGGGGUGCCACCCUCUGCUCAAGGACAAUACCCUGGGAGUGCUGUAGCAGGGAGUCCAACAGGCGUGGUGCCAUCCUCACAGCAUCAAAUGCCAGUUACUAGUCAGCCUCAGCCAGACAUGUAUGGUGUUCAGAUGAAUGGCAGUGGCAUGAGUGCAGAAUAUCAGACUGGAUCUAAUGUUGGUGCUAAUGUCCAGUCUCAGGUGCCAGGUUUGCGACAUGUGAUUUCCCAGGCUGCCACAGGUUAUGGUAUUGAUCCAGCCACAGGACACAUGCAACCUCAUGGGCAGAGUCAGGUCUAUCAUGAUUCUCAUCAUCUUCAUCAUCAAGCAAGAGGGUUCAAUGAACUGUUUGACUCAAUAAAUGUGUGGGCUGGAAAGGCAGGAUCAGCUAAGAGUGGAGAACAAAGAAAGAGAGGGCAGAAUGGCAAGGCAGGAAGUCGCAGCAACACCCCUUCAGAUUCCAUACCAGGCUCUCAAGAGGACAAAGAUGAGCAGGGAGGCCCAGAAUUCUCUAGUUUACAGGGGCUGACUGAAAUGACUAAUGCUGACUUUGACUCACGUGGAAGUGAACGAUCCAGGGAUGAACCCCCAUCAAAGAGGACUAAGAUGUGAGAAAUACUGGAUGGAUGAAAAUGAGGUGGAUUUUGCUGGAUGGCUGUGGUUUGUGUUCAAGAAAACUGGAAUGGACACUAGUGAAUUAUUUGAGGAUUGUAGGAAGUUGUGUGCUGAAAGAUUGAUUUAGGAAGGUGUGCCUCAGUACAUGUAGGUAAAAAUGACUUAAAGACGCCUUGAUACACAUUGGACAUGACGUUUAAUUCUCAGCUCAGUUCAUGGUGUAUGAAAAGCAUGCUAGUGUGUUUACAGUUUUGGUGCUAUAACUUUUGUCAAGAAAAAUGCUAGCUCUUUUCGUUUCACAAUGUGACAGCAAACAACAGAAUGGCUGCAUUUACAUUGCUAUAGUACCAUCAGUGUAAAUUUGGGAAUGAGAGUUAGCUGACAUGAUUGUGAUUUUAACAAAUCCAAUUCAAAAUGUAAUAAAAAUGGUAGUAUCUACUCUAAUAUAUGAUCUCAGGCUUGAUUAUAACAAUUACAAGUGAUUUAGAAAGCUCUAUUGAAAGGUAUUGUAAAGUAUUAGUUCGUAUAAAUCAUCAGUAUCAUCAGUAUUAGCAUUAGCAAGUGUUAGUUUCUCAUCAUGCUUCCAAAAAAACUUACAAAAUGGCUUUUAUGCCUUAGAAAAAAAAAACUGGAUUAUGUAGAGUAUUAUUCAAACGACUUGUACUAUUCUUGACUAUUGUUGAUGUUGGCAAAGAUGCUUGCUUCUUGGUAUAAGUGCUUUGUGAUCAAUGUCUAUUUUACUCCUUUCAUGAAACUAAGAUAGAGACGGUGAUGUAUUUGUCUCUCGAAAAUUUCUUGCACUGGGGAAAAGUGUUAUGUCAAUAGUGUGGGACAACCUGAUUAUCCAUUUCACUCCCAAGAUCUCAUCAGUAAUUCUUCUAACUGUCUGUCAAACAAUUCUUAUGACAUUAGUUUUGGCAAUUUGAUAUUGGAUCAACUAAUAAGCCCCUAAUCAGUAUUUUCCUUUACUCUCACCAAUUUUUUGUGUGAUGUACUAUUGGUAUUGUAAGGAGAAAUUCUGUCUUGUUAGGGUCGAAUUGUGAUCAGUUGACAACUUUGUUAAUUAAAGGUGCUGGUAAUUCUUCCUAGGUAACUGGAAGAUUUAAAAAAAAAAAAAACAAUUAGGUCUUACUUGUUAUGUGUUUAUUGAUUUUGUACGUGUAAUUUCUCAGACUUUGUUUCCCAGACUUUCAUAGGGACAGACAAAAGAAAUCAGUUAUAUCAUGGAAAUAAAUAUUUUACAAGGAUGGAUAAACUGAAAUGUGGAACAUGUUGUUUUUGGAAAAACACCUAAGUGUAAUUUUGUUUUUAUUUUGUUAGUGUAUAUAUAUGAGUUACUGAUAGCAUAAAUUUUUAUUAUAGGUGAAUAAAGAUAUUGUCAAUAUUAAUUAUUUUAGAUUAAUUAUGGUUCAGUUUUGAUACAAUGAGACAAUGCUGGUGAUUAAACUUGAGAGGAUCAUAGA